AUGUCAGAGGAAAACAAUCAAGGUUCGCCAAUGAUCAAGCUAAGCACCGACCAAAGCUUCCACUUCGAAAUCCUCCGCGCCGUCUCCAUCGCCCCCUACCAAGGCGCCGACCUUGGCGAGGUUCUCACAGCCGCCGCCAAGAUCAAGCCCGGCGACUUUGAGAGCUACUACACUGCCUUCCACGACCUUGCCGUUCGUGUACACAAUCAAGCCGACAAGAUCGACGUGGCCAAGUAUCCCGUUUCAGCGAGGUCGGCGUUCUUUAGAGAAGCUACGUAUCUUCGCACCUCUGAGUUCUUCCUCCACGGAAACUGGGAGGACCCGCGCAUCAACUCGGUUUGGAAGAGGCACAGGGCGGCCUUUGAUAAGGCUAUUGCGCUUCUUCCUGUUCCUGGGCAGAGGGUGACGCUCAAGGCUGACGGGUUCGACGUGCCGGCCAUCUUCUAUGGUUGUGGGCAACCCGGCCGCCGUGCAACUAUUCUCAUGUGCAGCGGCUAUGACGGUUCUCAGGAGGAGCUGUACCAUGUUGCUGUCGAGGCUGCUCUCGCUCGAGGCAUCAAUGUCAUAACGUACGAAGGACCAGGUCAACCCACUGUCCGCCGAGACCAGAACCUGGGCUUCAUCCACGACUGGGAAAGAGUCGUGUCCCCAGUCGUCGACUACGCCCUGACGAGGGAUGAUGUAGACUCUGACGCCAUUGGUCUUUGGGGCUACUCUCUAGGCGGAUAUCUCGCCAUUCGUGCUGCGGCCUUUGAGCCACGCAUCGCCGCCGCCAUGGCCAUCGACGGCGUCAGCGACUUUGGCGAGGCGAUUCUCCAAAAGUUCCCCCCCGAACUGCUCAACCUUUACAAGGCCGGAAACAAAGAGGCCGUUGACCAGGCCGUAGUGUCUGCCGUGUCGAAUCCCGAGGCGCCGACUUCUUUCCGCUGGGCCAUCGAGCAGGGCCUAUGGGCGUUCAACACCAAGUCGCCAUAUGAGUGGGCGACAAAGUGCAUGGAUUAUAAGCUGGGUGAUGCGAUUCACAACAUCAAAGUCCCGUUCUUCGUGGCUGAUGCGGAGAAUGACGAUUUGUUGCCUGGGCAGGCAAAGAUUGUUGCCGAAACGGUGGGAGAGCGGGCGACGUAUCAUUUGUUCACUGCUGAGGAUGGAGCGGGUGAGCAUUGCUCUAUUGGCGCGGCUGUGCUCCAGAACCAGGUUGUGUUUGACUGGUUCCAAGAGGCGGUGUCUGGAAGCAAGGCUUGA